AUGGGAACACCUCUGAAUCUCAGGACAGGGCUGGAGGGCAGUCAGGCCCAAGAAGCCGGAAGACCGAAAUGCCACUCUCUUCACCUUGGAAUCCUAUCUUUCAUAGUGCUUGUCUUAGUCUUCUUUUGCUAUGGGUUCCUGAGCCACAGAAUUCAGGUGUUGGGGAACUCAGCCGGUGAGACUUGCAUGGCUAUCAGACACCUGGAUGUCCAGGAAGUUAUAACUGUGUCAAGGGUGGCCUAUCCACAGCCAAAGGUGCUAACACCCACUAGGAGAGAUGUUCUUGUCUUCACUCCUUGGCUGGCUCCCAUCAUCUGGGAGGGGACCUUCAACAUCGACAUACUGAAUGAGCAGUUCAGGCUUCGGAAUACCACGAUUGGACUGACGGUGUUUGCCAUCAAAAAGUAUGUGGUGUUCCUGAAGCUGUUCCUGGAGACGGCAGAGCAGCACUUCAUGGUGGGACACAAGGUCAUCUACUACGUCUUCACUGACCGUCCAGCUGAUGUGCCACAGGUUGCCCUGGGUGCAGGACGGCAGCUGGUGGUGCUAACUGUGCGCAACUACACCCGCUGGCAGGAUGUGUCCAUGCACAGGAUGGAGAUGAUCAGCCGCUUCUCAGAGCAGCGCUUUCUGCAUGAGGUGGACUACCUGGUGUGUGGAGACGUGGACAUGAAGUUCAGUGACCACGUGGGUGUGGAGAUUCUCUCAUCACUCUUCGGCACCCUGCAUCCUGGCUUCUACGGUAGCAGCCGAGAGGCCUUUACCUAUGAGCGACGGCCACAGUCCCAGGCCUACAUCCCCAGGGAUGAGGGUGACUUUUACUAUGCUGGGGGCUUCUUUGGGGGGUCAGUGCUAGAAGUGCACCGUCUCACCAAGGCCUGCCAUGAGGCUAUGGUGGAGGACCAGGCCAAUGGCAUUGAGGCUGUGUGGCAUGAUGAGAGCCAUCUGAACAAAUACCUGCUUCACCAUAAGCCUACGAAGGUGCUGUCCCCAGAGUAUGUGUGGGACCAGAAGCUGCUGGGCUGGCCCUCUAUCAUGAAGAAGCUGAGAUAUGUGGCCGUGCCCAAGAACCAUCAGGCAAUCAGGAACUGAGAGCUGAAUUCCUGUUGGAGAGGCCAGACCUAUAGCUAGGGAGACUCCAUUCUCUGCUGGAACUGGAAGGAUUUGAGAGACAUUGCUUACAGUCACCCUCUGUCCCACCUCAGAGUCCAGCAGAGUCCAGAACCACUUGGCUUACUACAUACUGAGUCCCUAGAGUGGCAGCCAUGUUAGCUCCCAUGCUGUCCCUAUGCUCUUUGAAUUUAGUGAGAUGGUAGGUGGAACCUUCAAAUCAUGGGAGAAACUCUGUCAUGCAAUUACCUGAUGGCCUGUGCAUCCUUAUUAUGGGCUGUUUCUGCCUCUUCUGUGAGGAUUGACAGAGGGCCAGUGUCCAUAGGAACA